AUGAAGGUCGCGGCGCUUUGGGCCUUGGUGGCCUCGACGGCCCUCGCCGUGACACCCGAUGUUGAGCUCGUUGCUCGAGCACCCGACAAUGUGGCGACGAGAGUGACGAACGAUCUCAAGCCGAGACAGGCCUCGUCGGGGGAUCUUCCCAUCGUGACCAUGAAGGGCAAUGCUUUCUUCGCGGGAGAUGACCGAUUCUACAUUCGAGGAAUCGCCUAUCAACCCGGAGGAGCAGCCGAUCCAGCGGAUCCGCUCCUCGACAUCCCAGCCUUGACCCGUGACAUCAAGCACUUCAAGGAGCUCGGCAUCAACACCAUCCGGAUCUACACCGUCGACAACUCGGCUACCCACGCCGAGGGCAUGAAGUUGCUGGCCGACGCGGGCAUCUACCUCUGCCUAGAUCUGAACACGCCCGGACACUCGCUCAACCGACAGGACAACGAGACGCUCUUCCUCUCCUACAACGAGAAGUACCUACAGAGUGUUUUCGCCACCAUCGACCUGUUCUCGGGCUACAGCAACAUGCUCAUGAUGAUCAACGGGAACGAGGUCAUCAACGAGCGCAACAACACCAUUGCCGCCCCCUACAUCAAGGCCCUGCAGCGCGACAUCAAGGCCUACAUGUCGGCCCGCAAGUACCGCAACAUCCCCGUGGGAUACGCCGCCGCCGACGUAGCCGAGAACAUCGACCAGCAGCUCGCCUACUUUGACUGCGGGCCCGACGGCACCCGGGGCGACUUCUUUGCCCUGAACGACUACUCGUGGUGUGAUCCCUCCUCCUUUACCAUUUCUGGCUGGGACAAGAAGGUGGAGAAGCUCAAGGGCUACGGUGCUGCGCUCGUCAUGGCCGAGUUCGGAUGUAUCACCAACCGCCGUGAUUGGGGCGAGGUCGCCUCUCUCUUCUCCAGCAACAUGACGGGAGUCUACUCUGGUGGCCUCGCCUACGAAUACUCGGUCGAACCCAACGGCUACGGUAUCGUCUCCAUCGACAACGCCGGCUCCAUCGAGCCCAACGCCGACUUCGACCGUCUCGUCACCGCUUUCAAGAAGACCCCCAACCCCAAAGGUGACGGUGGCUACAACCCCAACCCCACCGCCUCCGAGUGCCCGGCCUUCGGCGAGGACUGGGCCGUUGAGGACCUCCUCCUGCCCGCCAUGCCCGAGAUGGCCCAGGACUACUUCAGCAAGGGCGCGGGCAAAGGACCCGGAAUCGGCAAGGAUGUCACCCCCAGCCAGUACGGUGGCGAGUCCUACUCGCCCGGCAUGAUUGCGAUGGACGGCAGCGCGGCCUCCUCCUCCAACUCUAACGGCAACGGCAACGGCAACAGCAACGGCAACUCGAAUGGCGGCAGCUCUGCAAGCAACGCAAACUCCUCCUCGGCUGCAAGCCAGCUCACGGGACCCCAGUCGCUCUCGGUCAUGGCCCUACCCAUGAUCGUCUCGGCUGUGGGUCUCUUUGCUGGGUUUGGAUUGGGACUGUAA